UUGUGCCGACAUAGGUUGAUGACGCACCCGACCUUCCUAUUGAACAAGGCCUAUAUAUAAACCUUAAGAAGACGGUAAUCGGUAUUUCGAUACAUGACACCAGAAUAACCUGAUCAGAAAAAUAGCUUUAUCAAUAAUCGAUACAAGAAAUUUUAUAUUUAUAUGUUUAAUAUUCAUUAUGGCAUCCAUCAUUAAGGAAGAUAUCGAGUUACCCUGGGAGUUUGAAGGUUGUCUAGCGUUUGGCUUACACAACGUUUUUACACCCCAGGAAUGUAACGAAUUGAUUGAAAAAACAGAAGAGAUGGGAUAUAAACCUGCUUUGAUAAAUGACGGUUAUGGACAGGUUCUUGAAACAGAUGUCAGAAAUAAUACUCGAUGUAUCUGGGAUUCGAAGGAACAAGCUGAAAGAAUGUGGAAUCGUGUUAAAGAUUAUGUUUGUAAAGAAUUCCAAGGCUAUCCAGUUAUAGGAUUAAACGAAAGAUUGCGAUUUUUAAGAUAUGAUCCAGGAGAGUAUUUUAAACCACAUUAUGACGGAUGUUAUGUACGAGAUAAUGGUGAAAAAAGUUUGAUAACUUUACAACUUUAUCUAAAUGAGGGAUUUAAAGGUGGAUCAACAACAUUUUUAUCCUCGCGAACAGGGGACCGAGUGGAAUUUGUUCCUAAAACAGGAGCUGUACUAAUAUUUCAACAUGAUAUGCUACAUGAAGGUUCAUUGUUAGAAAAAGGUAGAAAAUAUUCGUGUAGAACGGAUAUUAUGUUCGGUAAAGAUAAAAUUCUCGUGUAGAAGAGGUAUUAUGUUCGGUAAAGAUAGUGAUUGAUAUGCACUGUCUUUGUUAAUAAUAGUUGUGUAGGUCCCUAUUCCUUUUGUCAUAAUGUUCCUUAAUAUAUGAAACGAAAAUAAAACGCUGUUUAUUUAGUAUGUCUAUAUUUCGCUUUUGUUAACAGUUGUCUUUUAUCGCUUGUCCAACCUACCCCUACGCGCAAGCGAAUUAUUUAAUUGAAAUUAAACCAUGUGUUAGUCCCAAAAUGACCUAGUUUGUGUUAAACCCCAUUUCUCUCUUUCUCGUUGUCUUUCAUGUAUUAUGUUAAUCAUUGUCUAUUAGUUUAUACAUAUAUUGUUUUAAUCAUUGUCUAUUAGUUUAUGUUAAUCAUUGUCUAUUAGUUUAUACAUGUAUCAUUUUUAUCAUUAAAGUUAAUAGGUAAAGAUGUCGUGUGUAUGAUAAUGAACAAUCCAUGCUAGAUCAUGUCUAAACCUAAAACGUUUAUAAUAAAAUAAAUUAAAUAAUCCCAUUAA